AUGUUUUUAUGCUGUAAACGUCAACGUCAUGUUCAUCCUGAUGAAAAACUUCAACAUCGAGACCAAAGCCAAUCGAUACGACUUUUUUACGAUCCGAAUUCUGUAUCAAACUUUAAUACAUAUCGUGUUAUUCAUACUCAUUUUGAUUUGACUGUUGAUUUUUCUUCAAAUAUUCUUGAUGGUUAUGUUCAAUUAGAUAUUAAACCAUUGAGUAAUACCGAAUAUGAAUAUUCAUCAACAAUUACAAGUAAAAAUAUAGAAAUUCCAAAUAAUGAUAAAAAACAAUUUGUGCUUGAUUGUCGCCAUUUAAAUAUUAAAAAAGUUUUUUUGAAAUCAAAUGAUACAGAAAAACUACUUUCAUUUCAAAUUGAUGACAAACAUGAAUCAUUAAUUAUUGAUAUGACUGAUAUAUUGAAGACUUCCGUUGUCUCUAUUAUUAUUCAUUAUUCAACAUCAAAUACAAAAUGUACAGCAUUACAAUGGCUUACAAAAGAACAAACAGCUGAUAGACAAUAUCCAUAUAUGUUUAGUCAAUGUCAAGCUAUACAUGCACGUUCAUUAUAUCCAUGUCAAGAUACACCUGGUGUUAAAAGUACAUUUACAGCAAAAAUCACAUGUCCUAAACCGUUGACUGCACAAGCUAUACCAUCUUAUUUAAUUGCUAUAGCUGUCGGACAAUUAGUUUCAUAUGAUUUAAGUCCUCGUAUUCGUGUUUGGACUGAACCAAGUAUGAUAAAACAAUGUCAAUAUGAAUUUAGCGAAGCAGAACAAUUUUUAACUGCUGCUGAAAAACUUCUUGGCAAAUAUCAAUGGGAAAGAUACGAUUUUCUUGUUUUACCACCAUCUUUUCCAUGUAAGUUACUCUACAAUGAAAAAUCUGAUUUUUCAGAAACACGUACUAUUUGA